ACUCAUUCACAAAUUGAACCAAAACCAACACACCAACUAACUUCUUCUUCUUCUUCUUCUCCUUAAUUUCUCUUGCAAUUCUCUCUUAGAAAUCGGGAGAAGAAAAGCGAGGGAAAUCAAUUUUCCUUUUUCUUAAUCUCUCUCUGUCGGCUUCAGAAUUCUUCUCUAAAUCUCUCUGUCUCCGUCUAAUAAUCCGACGUUAAUUUCGAUAAAAAGAAAUCGAAAAUGAAGGCUCUUAUUCUUGUUGGAGGUUUCGGAACCAGGCUAAGGCCAUUGACACUGACUGUUCCUAAGCCACUCAUUGAUUUCGCUAACAAACCAAUGAUUCUACAUCAGAUUGAAGCUCUUAAAGCUAUUGGAGUCACUGAAGUUGUAUUAGCCAUCAAUUACCAACCAGAGGUGAUGCUUAAGUUCUUGAAAGGUUUCGAGGCAAAGCUUGGGAUCAAGAUCACUUGUUCUCAAGAGACUGAGCCACUAGGUACUGCUGGACCUUUAGCUUUAGCUAGAGACAAGUUGAUUGAUGACUCCGGUGAGCCAUUCUUCGUCCUCAAUAGUGAUGUUAUCAGUGAGUACCCACUCAAAGAGAUGAUUGAAUUUCAUAAAGCACAUGGAGGAGAGGCUUCCAUCAUGGUCACAAAGGUUGAUGAGCCUUCGAAAUAUGGUGUGGUGGUUACAGAAGAAGCAACAGGAAAGGUUGAGAAAUUUGUUGAGAAGCCCAAAAUCUUUGUGGGCAACAAGAUCAAUGCUGGGAUAUACCUUUUGAACCCAUCGGUUCUUGACAGGAUUGAAUUGAAACCCACCUCAAUUGAGAAAGAAGUCUUCCCAAAGAUUGCAGCUGAGAACAAGCUAUUUGCAAUGGUCCUACCAGGUUUCUGGAUGGAUAUUGGACAACCAAGGGAUUACAUUACAGGAUUGAGAUUGUAUUUGGAAUCACUGCGCAAGAAAUCCUCAUCCAAAUUGGCUGUUGGAUCUCACGUUGUUGGAAACGUAUUGGUAGAUGACAGUGCAGAGAUCGGAGAAGGUUGUUUGAUUGGACCAGAUGUCGCUAUUGGACCUGGUUGUGUUAUUGAAUCAGGUGUGAGACUAUCACGGUGCACAAUAAUGCAAGGUGUGCGAAUCAAGAAGCAUGCUUGCAUCUCCAGCAGCAUCAUAGGUUGGCAUUCGACAGUCGGACAAUGGGCUCGUGUAGAGAACAUGACUAUCCUCGGAGAAGACGUACAUGUCUGCGAUGAGAUUUACAGCAAUGGUGGCGUUGUCCUUCCCCACAAAGAAAUCAAGUCAAGCAUUCUGAAACCAGAGAUUGUUAUGUAACAUGGAAGAACCCAAAACAAGAAUAGUUCAGUUUCUUUUAUUUUUUUUACCAGUAUGUUGUCCUAGAGCAGCAAAAGUGUGUGUCUAGCAGCAUUCAGUUUUUACCUUCUUCACUUCUUCACUGUGUAAAACUUUUGUUUGGGUUUGAUAAAAGGGGGUCAUCAGCAUCAAUUUUUCAUUUUGAUUUGGUAAUUAUGAUUAGAUUGGGGAAUGUUGGGUGUGAGAUUAUUGUGCUCUUCCAAUGUAUUAUAUCUAAUAAAAAAAAACAGUUCAUUCA